AUGUUUUCCGAUACGAGCAGUCUUGCUAGCAGCCAGUCAAGCCAGUUCAAGAACCUACUGGAGGCUAUGCUCGAGAAGCUGAAGACGGAUCCAAGCAGCGUCACGGUUGAUGAUGCUCGUCUUCUGUUUGACAACUUCACUGCGAGUGACGAGAGGGCGGUCCGCAUUAUCUCUGCCGUGGAAUAUCUGGCUAUUGCUAACAAGACUCAUCACUGCGAGCUGCUGACGGCUGUCAAGGACUUGCAUGACAAGGUGGAGAGCAGCCCUGGGGAGGUGACUAUAGAGGUGCUUCGUACCACUCAGAGUGUUGUUAGCAAAAUGCAGAAGGCUCUCGGUCACACCAACGUUCCCCAUCCAGAAGUUGAAGGCGAGCUCCAGGAGGAAAUCGCCAAGAUCGAGCCCAAGAUUGUGCAAGGCACAGUGACAAAGGCGGAGGCCGAUCGACUCCAUUCACUCGAGUCUCGUGCAUAUGGACACACUGAGAAGGGCGGUAUCACUGCUGCCGCUCAGUCUGUUGUUGCGAGACGUGAGCGUCAGCUAUCACUAAGUGGCGGCCCCAAAGCCUUGCAGCCCUCGGAAAAGCUCGCAAUCCGACCAAAGAUCCAGGACGACAGUAAGAACACCCUCUCUCCCCAAGAGCAAUCCCACCAUGACAAGGAAGAGAACUUUCGCCAAGCAGAGCUUGCAAUCCAACCAAAAAUCCAGGAUAGUACCGUCACGCCAGCUGAAGCCAACAAGCUCCACUCAUGCGAGAUGCGUGCUCAUGGACAUACUGAGAAGGGUGGACUGGCCGCUACAGCACAGUCUGUUGUUUCCCAUCGCCAGAGAACUCUCAGCGACAUCUCCAACUCGCCUCAUCCCUCGGAAACGGAUGCUGGACCACGCAAAGAAGAUACUGCUGUUAACAAGGAGCUCAAGAAGGUCGAGGGUGACUUGGGUGACGUACGAAAGGCAGAGAACGAGGCCCAGUGA